AUGAUAAUACAAUUAUUUAUAUUCCAUUAAGUGCUGUGUUGAAUAAAAUAAAAAACUAAAUGGAAGAUGUUUUGCAAAGUUGUUAGUAUUUAAGCUGCCAAUUAAGAACUCAAAGUCAACUAAGAGGUUUGCGGUUAACUACACGACCCACCGCCCACAGUGCACCCUUGGAGUAUAAUAAAAAUGGGAAAAAAAGUUAUUAAUAAUUAAAAACAAAAUUAAAAGAGUGGCAACUAAGAGCAGCGCUACACAGCUAAUUGCCUGUGUGCGCCAAUUUGUUCCGCUCGAUUUCUUGUCAACUGAGUGGGUGGCGGUGAACAAACAGAAGUGAAAAAAAUUCAGUUGACCUGUUAAAUUCGUUGAAGUGGAAAUUGACAUGGAAUUUGCAGAUCUGAUUAAAACACCAAAAUUGGAUGGUGUGUUCUUACAUGACCAUACGCAUGCAACAGUCGAAGGUACGCUUUGUAUAACCGGUCAUCAUUUGUUACUCAGUGCGAGGCAGGAAAACAGUCAAGAACUAUGGUUACUGCAUAAAAAUAUCGACUGCGUUGAAAAAAAACCUUUUGUAGUACAAAACAUAAUAAUAGGUGGCCUUAUCACCUUAAAGUGCAAAGAUUUACGCAUUAUUUCUUUGGAAAUAAAAUUUGCUAAAGAAUAUUACAAUGUGGCGGCAUCGCUGGAGGCACUCUCUGCAUUGCACAACGCCGAAAUGGAGUACCCUUUCUUCUAUAGACCAAUGUACGCGAUAUUAGAAGAUGGUUAUACUAUGUUCAGACCGGAACUAGAGUUUGCCAAACUAAUAUCCGUCAACAAUGCCAAUAAUACAAAUGGCAUUGACAACGGUGGCUGUGAGUGGCGUAUUUCCAAUGUCAACAAAGACUUCAGUGUUUGCAAAAGUUAUGGCAUGACACUGAUUGUACCAAAAUCAAUUACCGACGAACAAAUAGUGCAAUCAUCUAUGUUCAGAGAUGGCGGACGAUUUCCUGUGCUUAGCUACAGACAUGACAAUGGGGCCACUCUGAUGCGUAGUGCUCAACCAAUUUCAAUACAGGGAAUAAAACGUUGUCGAGCUGAUGAAGCAAUUUUAAAUGUAGUUUUAGGACGUAGUAAAAAAGGUUUUAUAGUAGAUACUUGGGGAAAAGGAAAAUCAAAUACCGAAACCGAUCAACAUUAUUCACAAUGGAAGAAGGUAAAUCGAGCCAUCGGUAAUGUGUCUUCACCUUCAGCAAUAUUAGAUAGUUUUGUUAAAUUAAUAGAAGCUUGUAAUGAUGUAAAUUGCUCACCGGAUAAAUGGUUAUCACGCCUUGAAAGUAGUGGUUGGUUAACUUUGGUGUUAAACUCAUUGAAUGCCGCUUGUGUUGUUGCACAAUGUCUGGACCAAGAGGGUAGCCCUGUACUGGUACACGGUGCCAAAGGUUUUGAUUCAACAUUAAUUGUAACAUCAUUAGUACAAAUUAUACUAAAUCCUGACUGCCGUACUGUAAGAGGCCUGCAAGCACUAAUAGAACGUGAAUGGAUACAAGCUGGUCAUCCGUUUGCUUCAAGACAUCGGUAUUCCUGCUACACACCACAGCAGAAUCGACCUAAAAAUUCUGGUGCUACAUUUACGCUUUUCCUAGACUGCAUCUAUCAAUUGUAUAUGCAGUUUCCAUGCAGUUUUGAGUUCAGUACGCAAAUGUUAAUACUGCUCUUCGAACAUAGUUACUUCUCACAAUAUGGAACAUUUCUAUGUGAUUCGGAGAAGGAAAGAUUUGAAUUGCGUGUCAAUGCACGUACUACAAGCUUAUGGUCGUAUCUGAAUAGACCUGAUGUGCUCAAAAACCUGUUGAACCCACUUUAUGAACCUAAUUCAAAUGUAAUAUGGCCUUCAGUAGCACCGAUUAGUCUGGAACUAUGGAAUGAAUUGUACUUGCGUUGGAUUGUUGAUCAGAAACACAGCUCCACUGCAAUUGCACAAAUACAAGAUUUGGUGACAUUGGAAAAGGAGUUGCGCACAAAGGCACUUAAACUACGCAAACAUGUUACCGACUUAAGCAAUGAAAUUCUAGAGCUUAUGAAUGUUGAAUCCUAAACUUGGUCAAACUAUUUCUAAGAGAGUUGACAUCUUUAACGCUUUUCUACUCCAAUACUACGCCGUCACAUUCUUUGUGUAAUAUUUAAUAUUUUUUAAUGUAUUGAAAUAUGUGUGUUUUUAAUUAU